AUGGGAGUGUGCAUCACCGGGACGUUUCUCGCGGCGCAAACGCUUAUCCUGCUGCUUAUGGGGCCGGCCAUUUUAAGCUUUCCGCUGAAGCGCUUCAGGAGGAAAAUGUCCAACAUAGUCGGAUCUGCACGGACUCGGGUUCUCGAGAAAGAUGGAGAACAAUUGGAUAUCGCGGCCAAAGGGACUGACAUCUUGGAUAGAGAAUUCGACAUGAUCACAUGGCUAGUAUCACGACUUCGCGACGAGAUCGAUCAUAACAAAACUGCGGCUCAUCUGUGUUUGAUGGGAAGGGAGGGAAAAACUUCUGAGCCAUUGGCGAACGAGCUCAAGAAGAGGGACAUCGCAUUUCAGGAGCGAGUGGACGAGCUCGAAGAGCACUUGUAUUUAUGUCUUGCAACAAUAAAAUGGGCCAAGGAUAUGAACCAAGAACUGAAGAAGAUGCGUGCUUCACAUCUGAUCCUGUGCCUCAUCCUGGUUUACGUCAUUGAAAUAGGUCGUGUCUGUGCCGAUCCCACUGAUGGGUUCACCAUCGUGAAGCUGACUGAGUCGAACUUCGAGAUACAGAAACCGUAUGACAAGCUGUUGGAGGAGAGGUAUAGUUUCGCAGGCGGAAUCAGGAGGCUUUGGGUCUAUGCAGAUGAUAAACCGCAUGAACCCGACAGUAAGACCAUGCCCCGGACGGAAAUUCGCAUAACAGGGCUUGACUACAUAUCUGGGGUAUGGCAAUUUGAGGGCUACGGUUUCGUGCCGAAUGGGACCUCUGGAGCCAUCAUAGUGCAGAUCCAUGGCGGCAUGGGGCACGCCACCACUCUGAUCCUAAGGAUGUACGAAGGCGAUGUAAGAUACUACCUUCGCAACCUGAUCGCGACCGAUCUUUACGACAAGUGGUUCAGGGUGAACGUGAUCCACGACAGGGAUCGAGGCGUCGUGGAGGUUUACCUUGACGGGACUCUAAAGUUUAUGACGCAAGAUCGUGGCCCCGGUGACUUGUACUUCAAGUGUGGAGUGUAUGCCGCGCCCCCGAACGUGAGCUAUUUUAUGGAAUCGAGGUGGAAGGACAUCAAAAUAUACAAGAAGUGA